GGGAAGUAUUUAGAGAUCUGAAUAACAAAUCAUACAUUAUAUUUCUCUAAACUGAGAAAAACAAAUGGAAAAACAAGCCGCAUUGAGAAUGUUGUUAACCUUUACGAUUCUGUGUUUCUUCUACUAUGGAGUCUACGGGACAGCUUCUACGGAGAUCGAUAUGAAAUUAAGGGCUCUUAAUAAGCCUGCAUUGAAGACGAUCAAAAGCGAAGAUGGAGAUAUAAUAGAUUGUGUGGAUAUCUAUAAACAACCUGCUUUUGAUCAUCCCGCCUUAAGAUUUCACAAGAUUCAGAUGAAACCGAGUGUGGAACUUGGUUCAAAGAAAAUUAGUAGUCCAAACAACGGUUUUUCUAAACCAGUUACAAUCCAGACUUGGUCCAAAUCUGGUCGAUGUCCUGUAGGGACAAUACCGAUUCGUAGAGUCAGUAGAGAAGACAUAAGCAGGGCCUCCUCACCAUCUAGCUUUGGAAGAAAAACUCCUCACAUACACAACAUUCUAGAAAAAGCACACCAACACAAGACUAAUUUCAGUUUAAUCGCUGAAAAUUUACAUAGCCCCCGUCGGGAUAACCGGUCGGAGGCCAUCUUUUUCGCGGUAGGGUCCAAUUAUCUUGGUGCUCAAUCCGAUAUAAAUAUUUGGAAUCCACCAGUUCAAAAGGGGGACUACAGCUCCGCGCAAAUGUGGCUGCUUGAUUCGGAAAUGACUGAGAGCAUAGAAGCUGGUUGGAUGGUGAAUCCACGCGUUUUCGGUGACAGCCUCACACGAUUCUUUGCAUACUGGACUAACGAUGCAUACCGUAAAACAGGUUGCAUCAACCUCUUAUGCUCAGGGUUUGUGCAAACAAGUAAGCAUUUAGCCCUAGGUGCAGCCAUAAAACCUAUCUCGAGUACCUCGCAUGAGCAAUAUCAUAUAACCGUUAAAAUAUAUCGGGAUCCGCAAAGCGGGAAUUGGUGGCUGUCAACCCACGACAUCGUGUUUGGAUACUGGCCUAGCGCAAUCUUGAAGCACCUACAACAGAGUGCCACCGUAGUGCAGUGGGGAGGAGAAGUCUAUAGCUCUAACGUGAGGAAGAAGCCACACACCAAAACUCCGAUGGGAAGUGGACAGUGGCCAGCUCAGCUCUGGGGCAAGGCUUGUUUCCACACCAACAUUAAGAUUCAGGACGCUUCCAUGCAGCUCAAGGAUCCCCCGCCCCUCGUCGAGUUCUCGGAUGAGGGGUACUGUUAUACUACAAAGUUCCACCAGGAAACAAACAAGUCGGAGCCGUAUUUAUUCUUUGGAGGGCCUGGUCAGGGUCCUCUCUGUCCUUGAUCUCAAUCGUUUUAUAGAGCUUCACUGCUGAUGUAUCAUAGUUUGAUCAUGACUUGCCUGGUCUAGCUAGCCAGAAUAAAAGGACAUUAUAAGCUUA